AUGUCGUCUCGAGCUUUGCGGAAAGCGCAGCGAGAGCGCGAAGAACAGGAGCAGUCCGCAAAGCUACAAGGUGAAGAGGAGCAGCAGAGCGAGGAUGAAGGUGUGAGCGCGCAACCGGCGAAGAAGAGCGCCUUCGCCAUGCUGGCGGAAGAAGAAGUAGCAGAGGAUGAGGACGGUGGUGCCGGGCAGGAUGAGGCCGACGAGGCGUCAGAUCACGCUGUGGCAGAAUCAAUACCGAAGGCACCUAGCAAGAAGAAGAAGAAAAAGAAGAAGGACAAGGGCAGCGCUGGGACACCUGUGGCGAAGAGUGGGGACGAGCAACUGGACGACAUCGACAGGGCGCUUAAGCAGCUGAGCAUGAAUGGCAACACCACACUACCAGCCUCAACUGCCACAGGCGUCAACGUGGAAACGGAGGAGACGUCGAAGUUGCUCGCGAUUGAGACAGCACACCUGCACUCUCAAAAUGAGAUGCGCCGCCUCUUCGGCCGUGCAGCCCUCGAACACCGUGAUGACGAUGACGAGGGUGCGCAGGGUAAUGCCAAUGUCGGUGGCAAUCGAAGGCAGCAGAGAAGAGUACAGCAGAUGGGUCUUGCACAAGCACUUCGUGGACAGCAGGGAGGUGGAAGAGCAGGUGGUCUUGCUGCCAUGGCAUUACGGCGGAACAUCUUCAUUCAAGGCAAGGAGGAGUGGCCUAACGCGACGAGCGGCGGGCUCGGCAUGGAGAUAGAAGAGAAGCGCGCAGACGGUACAAUACUGUAUCGCUACGUACAUAACACUACGUACAAGGACGUGCAGAGGCAGUUCGAUAUCGCGGUGGAGUCGAUGGACCCUAAUCGGCUGGUGGUCCUCCUGCAGCACAAUCCUUACCACAUCGCCACGCUGCUACAAGUCUCAGAAAUAGCCAAACAGGAGCGCGACCACACCGUCUCCGGCGAUCUUCUCGAGCGAGCUCUGUUCUCUUUUGGCCGCGCGGUGCACAGCUCUUUUGCAAAGACACUGGCGGCGGGCAAGGCGAGACUGGACUUUAGAAGGCCGCAGAACCGGGAACUGUGGCUGGCAAGCUGGCGUUACAUGCAGAACCUCUCCAUGCGAGCGACAUGGCGAACGGUAUAUGAGUGGGCGAAGCUUUUGCUGCAGCUGAGUCCUGAAAAAGAUCCAUACGCAAUGUGGCUUGUUCUGGAUCAAUAUGCCCUCCGUGCGCGGCAAGACCUUGACUAUCUCAACAUCAGCCGCAGCCCGAUCUUCAAGGAUGCCCUACGCUCCAAGCCGAAUGUUCACCUUGGUCAAGCUCUCGCUGAGUGGCGGGCCGGCAAUAAGAGCAAAGGCCAGCAAGCGCUCUUCAAGGCCAUCGGACAGUAUCCAUGGGUCGCGGCGAGGCUGAUGCAAGAGCUGAACCUAGAUCCUCCGCCAGCUGUCUGGGGCAAGGAGCCUAGGACGAAGCGUGAGAAGUUUGAAGCAGAGCUGUAUGCCACUAGAGCGAAGGACCUAUGGGCUACUCCGGAGGCGAGUGGUCUGCUAAUGGAGGUUGCUUCUGCUCUGCCACCAGACGUCCAGCCUGCAGAAGUCGAUGUAGAAGCUGGUAUCACUGAGAGUGAAGCACGGCAUGUUUUGCUCUCGGAUACUCCUGCAAUCAUUGCCUUGAUACCUCGCCACUACACCGAGCAGCUUCAAUCAUCCUCCGACCCUUUGCCACCAUCCGACACCUACGAUCCGGCCGUUCAAAAGGCCAACCGCAAUACCUAUACCAUGUCAGCCGCAGAGGCUCAAGCCGAGCUUGCGGAUCAGCAGAGAUGGUUUCGAGAAGCCUUCCCUGCAGGCGAACGGGACCCCAUAAACAUGGUUCAAAUCGCCCACGACAGGUACAUGUUCGAGGAGAUGGCGCGAAGAUUGGCGCGAAUCGGUAGCCUGCUCCAUGCACUUCCGCCCGAAUUGCAGGACGUUGAUGCUUUCAUCGUUAGGGUUUUGGAUCACUUGAUGGGUAGUAUACCGGCCGCAGGCGUAGCUGACGAGGGAGAGGAGCUGUCCGAUGAAGAUGACCGAGGGUUGCAGGCGAGAGUCGACGAUGUGGCUGAUCAGGGUGACUGA